AUUGUAAUUAUUACAUUUCAGCUUUUAAGAAUUUCUUCUCUCUUUCCCGCAAAAACUGACCCAGUCUUUCUCUAUCUAAAAAUUUAUGCUCAUUCUUCAUUUCUUUUCGUUUUCUUCUUCAUUUUCUCUCGCUCCAAAAGAACGUGAUUCAGGUGCAUAUUGCAGAAGAAACCUCCACCGACGCUAUCACGACAACUUGUUGGAUCGAAUCAGGUUUUGUUUAUCUACAUUGGGAAGUUUUGCCACAUUAAUUUCCCAUUUAUUGCUGCAACUUGGGUGGUUGUUCCAGCUAACUUAAAGCCAAUGCCUCUCUGAAUAGUACGGAAUUGAUUGCAGAAAAAAAACCAUGUCAGUUUGGUUCUAAUGAAAAUCCCAGAGUUGCAUUUUUGUGAAAGGGCAGAAAUUAGUUCUAAUGGGUGUCAGCUACUUAGCAAUCUCAGCCACAUGUACCGCAUUAAGCUUCGUUGGCCUUCAAAUAUGGACAGAAUUUUCACUAGAUAAACUGAAACCAAAUGGACUUAUCAGUGAGCAUUUUCUAAACUUAGAGAAUGCCAGCCGUGCCGUUGAGCUGCUUUCGGGCUCUUAUGCCACAGUGGCAUUACUGGCAAAUUUUGUGCUCAAUGCAUUUACUCUACUCAUCCUUUGCCUCAAGACUAUUUUCUUCAUAGAGUUGUAUCCUUCUGAAACCAAAAAAUUGGCAGAACGUCUGAUCAACUAUGUUAUUUACAAGGGGACAUUUUUGCCACUGGUUGUUCCACCAACAAUAUUUCAAGCUGGCCUUUGGUCAAUUUGGUUGAUUGUUAUGUGUUCUCUUAAGAUGUUUCAAGCUUUGGCUAGAGAUCGGCUUGAACGUUUGAAUGCAUCUCCUUCUGCUGCACCAUUGACAUAUUUUCGUGUAUACUCAGUUUUCCUAUUGGUCCUCUCUGUUGACUUUCUUUGGUAUGCAUCACUCCCUAAUCUUUUACACUAUUGUUCAAGAACUAUUCAGAAAACUACCAUACAUGAGAAAGAUGACACUUGUUUAAACAGGAAUUCUUGUUCUGUUACAUAG